AGGACUCGACGUCUGAUUGGCUGCUGUGCCGGUGAUAAUACAGUUUCCGCAGUGGUUUGUCCUUCUUUCUCUCACAGGCGAGGACGAGCCGGCUUCGCCACUGUGCAGCUACAUUUAACACCUUACUUCAUCCUCGGUUCAAAUAUUCGGCAACAUGUCUAAGGGACCCGCAGUUGGCAUCGAUCUUGGGACCACCUACUCCUGUGUUGGUGUGUUCCAGCAUGGCAAAGUUGAAAUCAUUGCCAAUGACCAGGGCAACAGGACCACACCCAGCUAUGUGGCCUUCACCGAUUCUGAGCGUCUCAUCGGAGAUGCAGCAAAGAAUCAGGUUGCCAUGAAUCCCACCAACACAGUCUUUGAUGCCAAAAGACUGAUUGGCCGCAGGUUUGAUGAUGGAGUUGUACAGUCGGACAUGAAGCACUGGCCAUUUUCGGUCAUUAAUGACAACACUCGCCCCAAAGUUCAAGUUGAGUACAAGGGCGAGACAAAGACCUUCUACCCAGAAGAGAUCUCCUCUAUGGUGCUGGUGAAGAUGAAGGAGAUUGCUGAAGCUUACCUCGGAAAAACAGUAAACAAUGCAGUUAUUACUGUACCCGCCUACUUCAAUGACUCCCAGCGCCAGGCCACCAAGGAUGCUGGCACCAUCUCCGGUCUGAACGUUCUGCGUAUCAUCAAUGAACCUACAGCUGCUGCCAUUGCUUAUGGCUUGGACAAGAAGGUUGGGUCCGAAAGGAACGUCCUCAUCUUCGAUCUCGGUGGUGGCACCUUCGAUGUGUCCAUCUUGACCAUUGAGGAUGGUAUUUUUGAGGUCAAGUCCACAGCUGGAGACACUCAUCUUGGUGGAGAAGAUUUCGACAACCGCAUGGUCAACCACUUCAUCGCUGAGUUCAAACGCAAGUACAAGAAGGACAUCAGCGACAACAAGAGAGCUGUCCGUCGUCUGCGUACCGCUUGUGAGAGGGCAAAGCGCACCCUGUCCUCCAGCACCCAGGCCAGCAUUGAGAUCGACUCUCUGUACGAGGGAGUUGACUUCUACACCUCCAUCACCAGGGCUCGCUUUGAGGAGCUCAAUGCCGACCUCUUCCGUGGCACCUUGGACCCCGUUGAGAAAUCACUCCGUGAUGCCAAGAUGGACAAAGGACAGGUCCAUGACAUCGUCUUGGUCGGUGGCUCCACCCGUAUCCCCAAGAUCCAGAAGCUGCUGCAGGACUUCUUCAAUGGCAAGGAGCUCAACAAAAGCAUCAAUCCUGAUGAAGCUGUGGCCUAUGGAGCUGCUGUCCAGGCUGCCAUCCUGUCUGGUGACAAGUCUGAGAACGUCCAGGACCUGCUCCUUCUGGACGUCACCCCUCUGUCCCUGGGUAUUGAGACAGCUGGAGGUGUCAUGACUGUCCUGAUCAAACGUAACACCACCAUCCCCACCAAGCAGACCCAGACCUUCACCACCUACUCUGACAACCAGCCUGGUGUGCUCAUCCAGGUCUAUGAGGGUGAGCGUGCCAUGACCAAGGACAACAACCUGCUGGGCAAGUUUGAACUGACUGGCAUCCCUCCUGCCCCUCGUGGUGUUCCUCAGAUUGAGGUAACAUUUGAUAUUGAUGCCAACGGUAUCAUGAAUGUGUCCGCUGUCGACAAGAGCACCGGCAAGGAGAACAAGAUCACCAUCACAAACGACAAGGGUCGCCUCAGUAAGGAGGACAUUGAGCGCAUGGUCCAGGAGGCUGAGAAAUACAAGGCUGAGGAUGAUGUCCAGCGUGACAAGGUGGCUGCCAAGAACGGGCUUGAGUCCUACGCCUUUAACAUGAAGUCCACCGUGGAGGAUGAGAAGGUUGCUGGCAAGAUCAGUGAUGAGGACAAACAAAAGAUCUUGGACAAGUGUAAUGAGGUCAUCAGCUGGCUGGACAAGAACCAGACUGCAGAGAAGGAUGAGUAUGAGCACCAGCAGAAAGAGCUGGAGAAGGUGUGCAACCCCAUCAUCACCAAGCUGUACCAGAGUGCCGGUGGAAUGCCAGGCGGUAUGCCCGAUGGAAUGGCUGGUGGCUUCCCCGGCGCAGGUGGUGCCCCCUCUGGCGGUGGAUCCUCCGGCCCAACCAUCGAGGAGGUUGAUUAAACAUUCCAUCACCUCAGCAGCUACCUCCGAGAGAUCUACUUGCAACGAAGUAACCCUCUCAUAGCUUUGAGUUACAUCAUUCAAGCUAUGGAGUGUAAUUUAAAUUAAAACAGGGUUAACGGGAUCACAUUUGUACUGCAUCUUUUGUUUGUUACACAACAGGGAUCAACAUUCUGUUUGCACAAUUGAGCUGUUAAUUUCACAUGUAUGAAAAUAUUUUAUAUACCUGAGAUGUUAACUGCCUUUCUCAUGCCUUGACAGAAUAAAAUCUGGUAACCCCCUGUCA